AUGCUUUCCAGAUUUGUAUGGGACAUCUAUCAAACAGAAGGCAGGCCUGAGGACAGAAAGUCGAUCUAUCGAAUUCCAUUCUUGGUGCCCAAGGUACCACAACAGAGAGACGAUGAAGAAUGUGGGACUUUUGUUCUCUACUUCAUAAACAGAUUUGUGCAAGAUGCUCCAGAGAAUUUCAACGUGAAGGAUUUCCCGUACUUUAUGGAUCGAAACUGGUUCAGUGCCGACAGCGUCGAUGGGUAUUGUGACAAGCUUAAAGACCUUGAAUUAUGAUUAUCUUUUCUCUUGGCUGACCUUGUGUAGUGAUUUCAAGCCUGCUGUAAAUUCUAAUCGGCUAUUAGGUCUUAAGUCUGUCUUUUUGUUACUAAGAU